GUACAAGCCAGAUAAAAGUUACUACAUAGACGAAGGUUAACGCGUAACGACUAACCGGGAAACAAGCGGACGUGUUUUAUAUUAUCGCAGCCCCAUGCUUCCCUCACCAGUCUUAUCCAACCGACGAGGAGCCUCCCAACACCUUCGCACAUCCUCCUUGUCCAACUUUAGACGAACUCUGAGCCUCCUACGUGCACGAUCAAGAUUCACGAACCUAAGCUUCACCAUUCUCGCAGGAUGCUUCUGUGUUUCAUUUUUAUACAACCUCGCUUUCAUAUUCUCCCCUUUUUCGCCUACACUCGUAGCAUACACACCUCCUCAAAGUAUCCUCUCGACCAUAGCUCGUAAUGCAAGCCUAGAAAACCUUUCUCAUCUUGUCAUCGUUCCAGGUCACGCAAUUUGGACUGGUACGCAGCCCGAUCAGGCGUUAGAUGCGGACCGGUGGACGUUAGAGGAAUAUCAGAGGGGAGGAGGUAGUUACAGGAUUUCUGCGUUCGUAGAACACAUCAGACGAGGAGUAGAAAUAACACUCAAAGAUGAUUCAUCCCUACUCAUUUUCAGCGGUGGUCAAACUAGACUGCAGUCGACUACGACAGAAGCAGAAUCUUACAUGCGUUUGGCAACAAGUCUAGGGCUGUUCUACUCUGACUCAGAACAAACAUCACACGAGCCACAUUUCCCUCGUGCGACAACAGAGACCUACGCUCUUGAUUCAUACCAAAACUUCUUAUUUUCGCUGGCUCGUUUUCACGAAAUAACAGGACGGUAUCCCUCAAAAAUCACGAUCGUUGGCUACGAAAUGAAGCGCCGUCGUUUCGAAGAGCUUCACCGCACAGCCCUUCGAUUCCCCGCUCAUCAUUUCGAAUACAUCGGAAUCGACCCUUCCGCUAACGAGGAGUCUGCUCGUCUCGGCGAAGUUAAGAACGGAUACGCUCCGUAUAAGCUUGACUUGUAUGGGUGCCAUGAUUUUUUGCUCGCUAAGCGGCGGGCGCGGAAUCCCUUUUUACGAUUCCAUUCCUAUCAUGCAUCGGCACCCGAAUUGAGGGGUUUGUUAGAGUGGUGUCCUGAUGAUCCGAGUUUGGUGUAUAAUGGGCCAUUACCUUGGGACGUUUAUGAAUGAGAUGUCAUUCUACAAUUUUGAAGCUCGAGACACUGGGUCUAUUUUGCGAGGAUUGCUAAUUAACUCGCGCGCGAAAUUUUUGUUGGAGUCCAUCACCAUUAAGCGAAUGCAGUUUACACUCAGGGGACGUCGUCCCUGCAAUGCUGGACAACAAUGAUACUUCGAU